AUGACCCACACGGGCGAGCGGCCGUUCGUGUGCCACGUCUGCGACAGAGGUUUCAACAGGCGAGGGGACCUCAAGAGGCACCUGCUGGUCCACUCAAAGGAGAAGCCGCACGAGUGCCCAGACUGCGGCGAGCGCUUUGCGCGGGCGUCAAACUUGGCGAAUCACCGGAGACUGCAGCACAUGGCCCAAAGCGUUCGUUGUCACGUCUGGCCUGAGUGCGGAAAAGGGUUCACGACGAGGACUCAUCUCGCCAGUCACCUGCUCACCCACACGGGUCAGAAGCCGCACGAGUGCUCCGAGUGCGGAACGAGGUUCGCCCAGCCAGGAAGCACGAACAGGUCGUCCACCGCAGCCAGUGCCGGCUGCACUACCCGCACUGCGGCAAGGGGUGUGUGGACAUCAGAGACCUGA